UCCGCCCAUCUGGAUGUACUCUGUGUAGCUUAGCUUCAAGCGGGCUGACUCUAAAAUAAAUAUUAUUUAAAUAACACUCUUUAAAAAUAGAACGGUUUUAUCAAUUUGCACAAUGAGUGGGAUACCAGGGACUGCUGUCGUCCAGGUCACCAACUUGUCCUCGGCUGUGAGCAGCGAGCAGAUGCGCACUCUGUUCGGCUUCCUGGGAGACAUCGAGGAGCUGCGACUCUACCCGCCCGACAAUGCCCCUCUGUCUUUCUCGUCCAAAGUGUGCUAUAUAAAGUACCGAGACCCCUCCAGUGUUGGUGUGGCGCAACAUCUCACCAAUACUGUUUUUAUUGACAGAGCUUUGAUAGUGGUGCCAUGUGCGGAAGGGAAAAUCCCAGAAGAGGCCAAGGCCUUGUCACUUUUGGCACCUGCUGCCCCAGCGCCCAGUCUGAUUCCUGGUGGAGGACUGCUGCCAAUUCCUACUCCGGCUCCGCUUCAAAAUCUGAACCUCCCCAUAGUAAAUCGGCUGUCAGCUGCUCUGGACCCCACAGCAUCAGUGCUUUCCCAGCCCCCCCUCAUGGGAAAUGUAGACCCUUCAAAAGUUGAUGAGAUCAGGAGGACCGUCUAUGUUGGCAACUUAAACUCACAGGUAAUGAAUUGUCAAAUCUGUGCUCACACUGAAAAAAAAUCACAUCACAA